UUAGUCGGAAAUUUAAAAGACAUUUUUAUCAGAUACUGCUCGUACUUUAUACAUUGAGAGUGCUUUACUUCAAUCUAUCCUUUUAUUUUUUUCCCCCCCAAAAAAAACGCCAAAGUAAAAUAAAAUUAAAUAUCAAAACAUUACCAACAUAUGUAAUUGACGUACACGUCCAUGGUGUCCCAUCACAAACAACCUUAAGAAAGACGUAAAAUUGAGACCGUGUAUUUUAUUGCCCGUUUCAUAUGACACGUCCCUAGCACUAGCAGGGCAUCUAUUCCUAUUUUAUUUCCUCAAAAAAGCCAAAACUUUAGCGUCCAUAAUAUCCCCGUUAGGAACCUUGAGUUCACAUGCGGCCAAAUAAUUUGGAGUCCCCCGCGCCCCUCGCCUGGGUGCAUGCCCCACAAAACAAGCCUUCUUCCACCCGGCUAAAACACUGUAGAAAAAAGCCACAGCCUUCUCAAGUCUCUACCCACCCCGCCAUGCCCUUAAAUCCCUCCAAUUACUCUCUUUCUCUCUCUCUGAGGCCCCAUUAUCUCUCUAUCUCCUCUUUCCCCGUGAACCCACAAACCAAAAACUACACUGUUCCCGUUCCCUCCAUUGCCAAACCUCUGUUCCCACUGCUGAAUUCCAAACUCUCUCUCCCUGUCUCUUCGAAGAGACCGUAAAGAGCUACAUUUCCUUCUCUUUUCUCUACAAACCUCUCUCGGACCCUCCCCCGUCUCCCGAACCAAUAAAAAUCGCACCUUUUUCUGUCCGGAUCGAUGUCUUCCAGCCGGAGAAGGUUCGUGGUGCGGCAGCCGGUGGUCGUCGACAUCGGCUGCAGCUGCCGGCGGCCAAAGCUCUCGUCUUUCUUGUCCUCCGCGCUGCCAAAAUUUCGACUUCCUAUGUUCCACGACCCCUUCUCCCCUUCCACCGCCACCACCAUCUCCACCAACUCCCUCUGGGACACCAGCCUUACCACCACCACCGCCUCCUCCCCUCUGACGUCGUCGCCGUCGCUGCGGCGGUACUCGGCCGUGGAGAGCAUGAAAUGGCGGCCGAAGAAGAAGACGGGGAAGGCGAAGAAGAAGGGGGUGGUGGAGGAGAGCGUGGUGGUGGUGAAGGAGUCGUCGGACCCGUAUCUCGACUUCAGGGACUCGAUGCUCCAGAUGAUCAUGGAGAUGGAGAUCUACGCGUGGGACGACCUCCGCGACCUCCUCCGCCGCUUCCUCGCCCUCAACUCUCCCUCCCACCACCACAUCAUCCUUCAAGCCUUUGCCGAGAUCUGGACCAUCGUCUUCUCGGCCUCUUCGUCCUCCUCCACCAACGCCUCCGCCUCCUGUUCCCGGACAGGCCGCCGGCGGCGGUGAUCGGGCUCCCCCUCCCUCCCGCGCCUCCCGGCACGUGACUUGGUCGCGAAAAAAAAGAAAAGAACGAAAAACUGAGGUGAGAUCCUGCCACCGCCGCUGCCACGUGGAUCGAGCCCGAUGGCCCCGGAUGUAGCAUCUGGGACGUAGCAUGUGGGGUAAUCUUACGAAUGGUGUUAAGAUCUCGAAUCAGAGAAGGGUAAAAAAGUUUUUUUUUUUUUUUUUAAUUUUAUUUUGGAGUGCUGCUAGAAAUUAUUACUGUGUAUGGUUUUUGAAUGUCAGUACUGUGAGGCGUGAUGUGCUGGUAAUGAUGGGGUGAGGGGGUGGAGCGUGUUGUGUUAUGUUUUCGUGGGUGGGGUUUCAAUGUAAUGUUGUGUGGUGGGGUUGGGACUAUAGAUCAGUUUUUUUUUUUUUCCUGUACAGCUUCGAACAUUCUCAUUUACUUCAGCCUUUUGCCUUCUC